AUGGAGAUUCCAGCUGUGGGGCUUUCGGAGACACAUCAGACUUGGACAGGUUCAGGAUUACAAAAAUUAGCCUUCACAGCGCAGGGGUCGACCUCGGAGAGUUCUGCUCUGUCAGCUAACACCUCCCACAGAGGGGACGAUUGUCUCCAUGGAACCCAAAGCUCGCUGUUUGAGCUAGAUAAGGAAAAGCAAAAGAAUUUUGUUUGUGUCUGUCAUAACAACAUUGAAGUUGUGGAAGCUGUGUGCUUAAAGGAACCUGAACACUCAGUCAUUCCUGGCGAAGCACCCCUUGACACAAGUCCACUUGGCUCAGCUCAGCUUCCUGAAGCAGGUACUGUGUCCACAACAUGUGGAUCAAAUGGCAACUGCUGUUCACUUUCUGUUCAGUCAGACCAGGUGGUUCAGAACCGUCUUAGUCUGACUGUAGACUUUAAGAGGCCAAUCUUAAAUGGACAUGCCUGUAUACCUCCAGAGGACCUGUCCCCCAUCCUCAAUCUGGACUUCAUGCAUACUCAAACUGUUCCUGAUUCCAGCCCGAGAGCCAUAGAUCUCCCGCGCAUUGUGAAGCACAAACCAAGCUCCAUCACCUUCUCACACUACACCUGUCCCUCCGAAACCAGUGGUUGCGCUUUUGUCAACGAGAGUUCUGACGAUGGAGAGUCUUCACUGGAGGAUGAAGAGGGGGAUGAUGAUGGUGAUGAUGAUGAUGACGAUGUGUUCCCAGAGCUGCCUCAGAGCAAAGAGUGUCUUGCCAAAAACAGACAAAGGAGCAAAGACAAAAUGAAGAGGAGAGGCACUGUGAGUGCCCGAGCAGAAAUCAAUCACACGGCCAGAAACUGUGGUUGUGAAGCAGAGGGUGAAAUCAGCAGUAAGGAGGAGUCUCCACAGGUGAAGUCCCCCUGGUCAGAGUCAAUGAGCCAGCUGAUGAGGAAACUGGACCAGCUGAAUCUAGACAUAGAAGAGGCUCUGAGUGCAAACUCCUCCCCUUCCGACACACCCUGCACUGCCCGCAAAAAACAGAAAAAAAUCCCGAUGGAUUAUUUGGACCUGUAA